AUGGCUCGUGGUUUGGCCGGGAUCAGAGAGAAGUUUCUGCAACUGUUUACUGGAAAUUUGUUUAUCAAUGAUGGAGAUGGAACCAAGAUCCCUAAUUCGAUUUCUAUGAAGCUAGGAAUGGAAGAAGGAGAAGUCGCUUAUGGUGCGACGAUUUGGAACCCUCGUCCUCAACUCGCUCUCCCACCACCAAUCACUAAUUCCACACUCCUUCAAGCAAUCGAUUCUUCUCAUCGGCAUUUCAUCGAACACUUUUCCCUACACCUCACCCCUUCCAUCCUCCCCUUGGUUCUCGCCUCCUUCAACCUCACCGCUCGAUGCCUCGCCUUUUUCACCCUCUACCUCCUCUCACACCCCGAACGCUCAGUCCACCGCCUCCUCCACCCCCUGAUUCUCACCGGCGCUGCCAACCUAGAGUUGAUACUCGAGGAACUGGCACGUGCCCUGGAGCGUCUCAACGUCAACACCACCAGUGUCUUUGAUGCUCUCAUCACGGAAAUGAAAGAUGAUGGAGUUGUUCUAGACGCUUACAACAAUAAUUCUUUCAAUUUUGUGAUGAAAGAGGAUAUAGGUAAGGCUAUUGCCUACAAAGAUGAGAUGAUAAAUAGAGGGAUAGAGCCAUCUCUUGUCACUUACAAUUUGUUGAUUGAUGCACUGUUCGAGGUAGGGAGCACUUGGGAAGGUAAGGAAAUGAUAGAAGAAAUGCAAGAAACAGGAUUGAAGCCGGAUGUUUAUACUUAUAACACAUUGAUGAGUGGGCAUUUCAAAUGCCGUGACCAGAACUUCCGCCUCUAUGAUGAAAUGGUGGAGAAAAGGAUUCAGCCCACAGUGUUGACAUAUAAUACCAUGAUGCUAGUUAUAAGAAGAGGUGAUAUGAAUGAGGCUUUUAGAGUCUGUGAUGAAAUGUUGAAGAUGGGAUUUGAUCCUACCAUUACCAGUUACGAUGGUCUUAUAAUGGACUUGUGCUUUAAAAACGAAUUUGAGCAUGCUGAAGAGCUCCUCAAAGAAAUGUCUGGUUUUCAGUCUAGCUGA